AUGGCGUCGAAAUUGCUCUUUACGGGCCGUAUUUUAGCUCGUAAUUAUGUUACUGAUAUGUCAUUUGUACCUGGAUACCACAGACCUAAAAAUAUCGAGAAGACAAGAAGAAUGUGGGAAUUGCUAACAUACUUCGUAGCCCUUCCAUCAGUUGUUUUGGGCAUGAUUAAUUCGUACAUGCUGACUAAGGAGGAAGAGGAAACUCUUGAAAGACCACCGUACAUUCCUUAUGACCACAUGUACAUCAUGAACAAGCCUUUCCCAUGGGGUGAUGGAAAACACACUCUCUUCCACAACCCAGAGCGCAAUGCAGUCCCUGGAAUCGGCUACGAAGCUCCAUGGCCCCACGGCCCCAACGCCCACAAAAAAUAAUUUAUUUCUAA